AUGAUGCUGGACUCAGUAAACCACAGUACAUUUCUGCCAAACACGAUGCUGUGUGAAUCUCUGAUGUCUUGGUCAGAACUCUUUGGAGCACCUGAAGAAAGCUACCCUCCAUAUGACCAUCAAGCAGGUUGUGAUUCUUCUUGGACAUCUGUUCGCCCAGAGUACUGGACAAGGCUCGACGUCUGUGAGUGGCUACAGUUUUGCUGUGAUCAAUACAAACUGGAUGCCGACUGUAUUUCCUUUUCCCACUUUAACAUAAAUGGCCAACAGCUGUGCUGCAUGACUCAAGAAGACUUUUUAAAUGCUGCAGGAAUUUGUGGUGAAUACCUGUAUUUCAUCCUACAAAACAUCAAGGCUCAUGGAGUCUCCUUCUUUCAGGACAACGAAGAUACAAAGUCUUCUGAAAAAGAAUACAAUAAUAAGGCAUGCUUGAGAACAGGUGGCAUUAAAAGUCCAGACUUCCAAAGUCACAAUAGAACAAGUCUGCAGAGCUCCCACUUGUGGGAAUUUGUCAGAGAUCUCCUCUUGUCUCCUGAGGAGAACUGUGGCAUCCUCGAGUGGGAAGACAGGGACCAAGGCAUCUUUCGAGUUAUCAAAUCAGAUGCUCUGGCAAAAAUGUGGGGGCAAAGGAAGAAAAACGACAGAAUGACCUAUGAAAAACUAAGCAGAGCGCUCCGGUACUAUUACAAAACUGGGAUUUUGGAACGAGUGGACAGGAGGUUAGUGUAUAAGUUUGGCAAGAAUGCCCAUGGUUGGCAAGACAGCAAGCUAUGA